CAUCAUCUGAGGACCUGCCCGCUUUGGAGGCUUCACACCCUUUUCCUUCUUUUUGGCUCUUUCAUAUUGACCCCACCGGAAUCCAUGGAUUCUAAGGUCCUUUCCACCGGAAUCCCAUUUACCACUUUGCCGGAGAACUACAUCAGACCCGAAUCCGAGAGGCCUAGACUCUCCGAAGUUGCCGACUGCGAAAAUGUUCCUAUCAUCGACCUGAGUUGUGAAGAUCGAGCCCAAAUUAUUGAGCAACUCGCUGAUGCUUGUAGCCGUUAUGGCUUCUUUCAGGUUAUUAAUCAUGGGGUGUCUGCAGAAGCCAUCGACAAAAUGCUACAUGUGGCUAAUGAGUUUUUCCAGUUACCUGUGGAAGAGAAGAUGAAGUUGUAUUCAGAUGACCCAUCAAAGACAAUGAGGUUGUCUACCAGUUUCAAUGUCAAAAAGGAAAAAGUGCACAAUUGGAGAGAUUAUCUUAGACUUCAUUGCCAUCCUUUGGAGCAAUAUAUGCCAGAGUGGCCGUCCAAUCCUCCUGAGUUCAAGGAUACCGUGAGCAAUUACUGUGUAGAGGUUCGACAACUUGGGCACAGACUGGAAGAAGCCAUAGGAGAGAGUUUAGGCUUGGAAAAAGAUUAUAUAAGAAAUACAUUGGGUGAACAAGGGCAACAUAUGGCGGUAAACUAUUAUCCACCUUGUCCCGAGCCAGAGUUAACUUACGGACUGCCAGCACAUACGGACCCCAAUGCUCUUACAAUUCUUCUUCAAGACUCACAUGUCGCGGGUCUUCAAGUCCUUAAGGACGGCAAGUGGGUUGCUGUUAAACCCCACCCAGGUGCUUUUGUCGUUAACAUUGGCGAUCAAUUGCAGGCAUUGAGCAAUGGCAAGUACAGAAGUGUAUGGCACCGAGCCACUGUUAAUGUCGGUAAGGCAAGGAUGUCGAUUGCUUCUUUCCUCUGCCCAAGCGAUGAUGCGCUCAUUAGUCCAGCAAGGGCCCUCACGGAUGAGGGGUCUGCAGCCAUAUACAGGAGUUUCACGUAUGCAGAGUAUUACAAAAAGUUCUGGAGCAGGAACCUUGACCAAGAGCACUGUUUGGAAGUUUUUAAGAACUAGUGACCUUUAAUGUUGAGAAAACCAAGAAGAACUAAAUUGUUGUGCCUGGCUCCUUUGUGGUUCUGAGGUAUUUAUGACUAAAAGUUUAAGUUGCUGCUUGUUGCACUCCAGGAUAAUGGUUGCAGUUUUCACAUUAGUUGAGGAUAGAUGCUUGCUAAUUAUGUAGUUUGAAUAGUAUAUUUUUCUUUUAAGAUUGCUUUGCUGCUAUUAAGGUUUUGUUGAUUGAGUGCCGAAGAUUUAGAGCAACUUUUGAUCUUGUUUGCUGUGUGGUGUUGUUGUCAUAUUGUUGUUUUGUAUCAUUUGUAGCUGGCUGUAAUAUGCCAUAGAUGAUUACUUGUAAAUUUACCGUAACAAAACCUUCUGAUUGACUUGAAUUCAAUCAGAAGCAGUACCAUCUUUUGCAGCCUAGAAGUGUUAGUGUAGAACAAAUUUUAUGAUCAGGUGAGGAGUGUAGUUUGACCUUUUUAUUGGUUCCUUUCUUCUGCUCAGAAUACUUGAAGUAUUAAAAUAUUUGCCAGGUUUCAACUGCACA